GAAAGGAGACAUUUGUGGGUUCGGUCCGUUUUCUGUGGAUAAAAGUUCACAUUUCCUUCAUUAUGGCUGAGUUGAGCUGGGACAGACAGGCGGUGGGACAGCUCUCCCAGGAGGCCCAGUCUGAGCUGAUGGAUCUCUGUGAGGAGCAGUUCAUCCAGAUGGAAAAGCUUCUGAAUGAGAUGAUCCUGAGCGAACCUGAUUUCAAUGAAAAUCCACAAGAACAGUCGGUAAACAGACUCCUGGCCACAGAAGCUGAGCUGAAGCAGUGGAUAAACAUGGAGCCCAAACUUCUGUCGGCCAAUUCAGAAAUAUUACUUCAAGCUGGAAAAGAGGAGAUGCUCAAACUGUGCUCUGAGCUGGAAAUGGUGGCUUCCUGUUACGAAGCCAAGAGAAACAAACUGAGAGAGACUAAAGAAGUAGAACAGAAGUGGCUGGAGGAGACGAAAAAGGUCUUCACAGCUGUCAGUGAUCAUGCCGAACGUCUUAAAACGGAAAAGGAGAACUCAUCGGAGCUCAGUUUGCUGCAGGACAUGAAAGAAAAGAUCCAGAAGAUGAAGUCGUACCAGGAGAGACUGAUGUCCUGUCUGGGAGACAUCCUGGAGAAACACGUUCCUCCUCUCAACAAGGAGCUGAGUGCCAACGCGAAGAAGAAGAACAUCCAGGACGAGAUCACCGAAAACCUGAUUUCACUCAAUGAAAUGCUGGAGAUGCUCAUGAACAAGGUUCUCAGCACGCCUCAUGACCCCUACCUGACCAUAGACGAAACCUUCUGGCCGCCGUACGUGGAGUUGCUGCUCCGUCACGGGAUCGCAGUGAGGCACCAGGAGAAUAACUUCAAGAUCCGCCUGGAAACCUUCUUCUGAGGCCCGCGUGCACGUUUCCCUCCGUUUCUGACUGUGAACUGCCCCCGUUGACGUUUUUAUAGACAGUUUCUGCGUGAAUGAAUGAAUGUGUUCAUUUCAAACAUAGUCCAUGUUCCUUUAAAUCGGGUUGAAUUGAGUUUGAGGGACUCUGGUUUGAAUCUCAAUUGUGGAAGGAAGGUCAUCCAUUUAAAGCUUUUCUAUGGAGCACUGAGUUAUGCAGAGGAGGCAACGAAUAGACCGAUCAAUACAUGCAUUGAGAAAAUAAAGAGUAGAAUUUAACUUCUCAAAGUCUUCACUUUCAGUCUGGAUGUCUCUUAGCAUUCAUUUCUGCAUUAUUCUCUUGAUCCUAUUUGUACUGUUUAGUUUGCCAGACAGGCUUGUAAAUAUUGUUUCCACAGCGAUUUUUAAUUUAUGUUUAUAUAAUCUCAAUCUGACACUGUGUGUUUGUAGUUUUUGUGUUUUCCAAUAUGUUUCUAUGUUCGUUUUCAAUAAAGUUUAAGGUUUUAGAUGUGCUUUUUGUGUUGCAGUUGUAGAGAGAAAUGAAACAUCGAUGCCUCCUGAAUCCUGGUCUUGGUCUUCAGUCGUUCUCAGGUUAGACGGUCUUGACCAGCUGACAUGCACGUUCUCUUUGCAUUGUUUGGUUAAUUGGCGACUCUGAAUUGUGUGUGGUUGUCUAUUUCUUUGGAGUUACACCCAGGCUCAGUGCUAGAUUAGUAGUUAGCAGUCAUCAGCUCCAACACCCCAA